AUGGCCUCACUCUUCCUUUCUUCUCUAGUAUUUGCAAUCUUAGUUGCUUUAAGCUUUCAAGCUCAUGCAGACAAUUACAACGAACCCAAACCCUUAUCAGCCUAUCUCCCUAGCAAUGUUGAAAGCAUCUUCAACACCAUAGACUCGUGUUGGCGCACUGACCCCAAUUGGUCAAGCAAUCGACAAGCUCUGGCUGAUUGCGCAGUGGGUUUUGGCCAAGCUGCCAUGGGAGGGAAAUAUGGAGAUAUAUACGUAGUCACCACUCCAGAAGAUGACCCCAUAAAUCCAAAACCAGGCACGCUUCGAUAUGGUGCAAUCCAGUCAGAGCCUCUUUGGAUAACUUUUAACGAGGAUAUGGUUAUUACGCUCGAAAACGAGCUUAUAGUGAAUAGUUUUAAGACAAUAGAUGGAAGAGGAGCUAAAGUAGAGAUUGCAAAUGGACCAUGCCUAACAAUUGAAGGUGUUAACCAUGUUAUUGUACAUGGGAUUAGUAUCCAUGAUUGUAAGCCAGGAAAGAGAGGUCUUGUUAGAAGCAGCCCUACGCAUGUUGGCGAACGUCUAGGAUCGGAUGGAGAUGCCAUUGCUGUUUUUGCAUCUUCUAAUAUUUGGAUUGACCAUUGCUAUCUUGCUAGUUGCACUGAUGGCUUAAUUGAUGUCAUUCAUGCUUCAACUGCCGUUACCAUCUCUAACAAUUAUUUCUCCCAGCACGACAAGGUGAUGCUGUUGGGGCACAAUGACGAAUAUACUGCAGAUAAAGUUAUGAAAACCACUGUUAUCUUCAACCAUUUUGGCACUGGACUCGUCCAAAGGAUGCCAAGGGUAAGGUUUGGGUAUGCCCAUGUUGCUAACAAUAGGUAUGAUGAAUGGCAAAUGUAUGCAAUCGGUGGCAGUGCUGAUCCCACCAUUUUUAGCGAAGGCAACUACUUUAUUGCCAGUGAUUCCAAUGCCAAAGAGGUUACCAAGAGAGAGGCCAGUGGAGGAUGGAAGAAUUGGAAAUGGAGGACUUCAAAGGAUGUAUUUAUGAAUGGUGCUUAUUUUAUUCCUUCUGGAUAUGGAAGUUGCGCUCCAGUUUAUUCUCUAGGUCAAUCGUUUCCAGUUGCCCAUGGCUCUUUGGUUCCCUCUUUAACAUCUGAUGCAGGGCCACUCUCCUGCAUUACAGGAAAACUUUGCUGAUCGAGACCAAUAUUUCACGCAAUAUUCCAUUGGAAGACCGACGGUCUUCCUAUUUUGCUUAAGCAAAAUAAUAUCUUAUGGAUUUUAGAUAAAAUAGAAAUUUUUAUGCAGUUUUUCGGGAUUUAUAGAAGAGAUGAGGUCUAAUUCUUGUAACCUGAAUCUUAUUGUAACUUGUUUUCUUUAAUCAUUUCGG